AACAAACACACAGAGAACAAGGGUUUCAUUUCAUUCUCAUAGGGUUUUUCUCGGAGAGAAGUUGGCAAAGGGAAUCCCAGAGAGGAGGAAAGAGGCGCGAAAGAUCUAUUUCGGCACGAGAAGGUUCUCGAUCUCCAUAGCUUAGACCUCCCCACCGCCGCUUCUGCCCAGAUACCGCCCUACAUUUGCUGCUCAUAUUGACAGUAAAAACGGAAGCACCGGGUUUCAAGUUCGAAGGAACAAAUCGUGAGCUCUGAGUACCUAGCAAGAAGAAGUACAAGAAGAAAAAGAUGCAUGCUCCAGUUGUUGUUCUCAAGGACUCCUUGAAACGCGAGUCUGGACAGAAGGUCCAUCAUGCUAAUAUCCAAGCCUCAAAGGCUGUUGCGGAUAUUAUUCGCACGACUUUGGGUCCUCGAUCUAUGUUGAAGAUGCUGCUUGACGCUUCUGGAGGAAUCGUUGUUACUAAUGACGGAAACGCAAUUUUGCGUGAGUUAGAUAUUGCUCAUCCAGCAGCAAAGUCAAUGAUUGAGCUAAGCCGUACACAAGAUGAAGAAGUGGGAGAUGGAACAACAUCUGUUAUCGUUCUUGCUGGGGAGAUGCUACAUGUUGCAGAAGCUUUCAUUGACAAAAGAUAUCAUCCUACUGUCAUAUGUCGAGCAUACAACAAAGCUCUGGAGGAUGCUGUUGCUGUGCUGGAUAAAAUUGCUAUGACGAUUGAUGUGAAUGACCUAUGCAGAAUGUGAAGUAUAUAUUGUUGGAGAGAAUUAUGUGGAACAAUGUUGAGCCUAGUGAAGAGCUGUAUUGGCACGAAAUUCACUAGUCAGUUCGGAGAUUUGAUUGCUGAUCUUGCAAUUGAUGCUACCACGACUGUUGGUGUUGACCUUGGCCAUGGUAUGCGGGAAGUGGAUAUCAAGAAGUAUAUCAAGGUUGAGAAGGUUCCUGGCAGCCAGUUGGAGGAAUCCAGAGUUCUUAAAGGUGUUAUGUUUAAUAAGGAUGUGGUGGCCCCUGGGAAAAUGAGGAGAAAGAUUGUUAAGCCACGUAUCAUUCUUCUUGAUUGUCCACUGGAGUACAAGAAAGGUGAGAACCAGACAAAUGCUGAACUGGUUAAAGAAGAGGACUGGGAACUUCUGCUGAAAAUGGAAGAGGAGUACAUUGAAAAUAUCUGCACCCAGAUUCUAAAAUUUAAACCAGACUUGGUGAUCACCGAGAAGGGUCUUAGUGAUUUGGCAACCCACUAUCUGAGCAAGGCUGGUGUUAGUGCAAUCAGAAGGUUGAGGAAGACAGACAACAACAGAAUUGCAAAGGCAUGUGGGGCUGUUAUUGUGAAUAGACCCGAUGAGUUGCAAGAAUCUGAUGUUGGUACAGCAGCUGGGCUGUUUGAGGUUAAGAAAAUUGGAGAUGAGUUCUUCUCCUUCAUUGUUGACUGCCAGGACCCAAAGGCAUGUACGGUUCUUUUGAGAGGUGCUAGCAAGGAUCUCCUCAAUGAGGUGGAAAGGAACUUGCAGGAUGCUAUGGCUGUCGCCAGAAACAUACUUAAGAACCCAAAACUUGUUCCUGGAGGUGGUGCUACCGAGUUAACUGUAUCUGCUACACUAAAGCAGAAGAGUUCUUCUGUUGAAGGCAUUGAAAAGUGGCCUUAUGAAGCAGCAGCCAUAGCUUUUGAGGCAAUCCCACGAACUUUGGCCCAAAAUUGUGGUGUUAACGUGAUCCGAAAAAUGACCGAGUUGCAAGGGCUACAUGCAAAUGGAGAGAAUGCAUGGAUCGGUAUUGAUGGGAACACUGGCGAAAUCACUGACAUGAAAGAGAGGAAGAUAUGGGAUGCUUACAACGUGAAGGCACAAACAUUCAAGACAGCGAUAGAAGCAGCUUGCAUGCUUUUGAGGAUUGAUGACAUUGUUAGUGGAAUCAAGAAGAAACAAGCCCCUGGGGCUGGUCCAUCCAAGCCACAGGUGGAGACUGAAGCUGAUGCUGAUGGCGAGCAGAUUCUCCCCGACUGAAAAAUAUGCUGCUCUUUAACUCACUGUAGAGUCGAUCUGCUUUUGAGGAGCCUUUGGAGGAAAGCUCGUUCCGGUCCGCAACUCGUGAUGGUCAUUUAUGCCCUAGAAUUUUACCGAGUGCGUCUGACAUUGCUCACCUCAACUUUUUUGCCUUGCUGUGUGGUCAAUUCUAUUCUGACCGAGUGUUUGGUUGAAACAAUCUACUGUAACUGAAAUUUGGUUCUUUCGGAGGAUGGUUUGUUUUUGACAAUAUCUAGAUUUCAGAAAAUUCUAUUUCUUUGUGAAUUGAUGCCUUGUGGUUAGAUUGAUAUAUGUUGUAGCAAUUGUUUAUCCUUGGUCCAUUUGAGAUAGUUCAUAAUUUGGA